AUGACUUCUCAACACUCAGGUGUUGCCGCUUCCUUUACGGCUAUAUCAUCCCCAACAUCCCUAGUGGCUGAUUCAUCAGCUGCCAGCGACAACGGAGAUUCUGACAUGGGAGAAACGUAUACUUCGCCGUUGUCGCCCUCUCAAUUCAAGAAGAAGAAGCGUACAUCGAAGCGCUCUCGUCUCUCGGAAAAAGCAAACUAUUACAUGUUGGCCGCGAAUAGCUUCAUAAUUUACGUGCAGUGUGAGGUCGAAAAAAUAUCGUAUACGGUAUUUUGCACUAAUUACUUCACUGCUCUGCAGAGGCAUUGCCGACUCCUCCGAACAGCGGCAUGUGCAAAUGAAGUUGAACGACCAAGGCUCAUCCCACGCCGCUUUAAGGAUAGCAUCCCGACUGAAGCUGCGAGAAUUAGACCACCCAAAGAAAUCGCCGUUGUAGAAUUCCAGCGCUGGCUUAAGGAUAAACCCCCAGGAUAUAUCGUCUUUAGCGAUGGCUCCAAGAUAGAAACAGAUACCGCAGGAUAUGGAUUCGCAGUAUUCCACAACGGACGCCUCGUCGACUGGGGCUCUGGCCAACUUGGCCGCAGAGAAGUCUUUGACGCAGAAAUCCACGGCGCUGUGCAAGGCCUCCGAUGCGCUGUACUCGCUAAUUUUGCUAACGAACCAAUUACAGUCUGUAUGGAUAACACCUCCGUUAUUGACUAUCUUCUCGCCAAGCAAGGGGCUAGUCUCCCAGUCCUAGAACACCUUCCCUCAGUCUCCUACCGCAGGAGACAGAUUAAGGGUCAGAUAGCCGUAGACUACCGGCAGUGGUGGCAAGGAGUAGAGAGAACAGGUUACACGUCGCUCGGCCUGGCCGCCGAGCUACAAAAGCUUCCUGAGCUCACUCUCCCGCGCCGUCUGCUGGGAUAUCUACUUGCUGCCCGAUCACACCACGGUGACUUUGCGGACUACCACGAAAGAUUUCACCCAGGUCAGGCGACCCUGGAGUGCCCCUGCGGGCGCCAAAAGUCGCCUACCCAUCUCUUCUACUGCAGGAAAGUUCCUCGCCAUCUCCGGGCUCGGCUGACCCCCGAUCCCGAAGCGGCGAUAGGACGUUUCCUCGGUAGAUCCUACAAGGUUUACCUGCGCAUUGCUGACUUCUAUUACACGAAGAUCAACAAGCGCUACUAA